CCCCGCCCAGUCCGGCGCGGCCUCUCUCCCAGCUCCUCCAGCGUCCAGGACCCCAGUCCUGGGUCUCGCCAGCGCUCCAGUCCGACCAUGGGCCCCACCGAUCGCCCGACGUUGAGGUCGCCGCCGCCGCCGCCGCCGCCUCCUCCUUCACCGCCAUCGCCGCUGCUGCUGCUGCUACCCCUGCUGCCCCUCUGGCUGGGCCUGGCGGGGCCCGGGGCCGCAGCAGAUGGUAGCGAACCGGUGGCCCCGGCGGGGCGGGGCGGAGCCCGCUCAGUGCGGGUGGACGUGAGGCUGCCGCGGCAGGACGCUCUGGUACUGGAGGGCGUGAGGAUCGGUCCCGAAGCCGGCCCGGCGCCUCCGCUGGGCGGCCGCCUGCUGCUGAUGGAUGUCAUGGAUGCUGAACAAGAGGUACCCGUAGAUGGCUGGAUUGCCGUGGCAUAUGUGGGCAAGGAGCAAGCCGCCCAGAUCCAUCAGGAAAAUCAAGGCAGUGGCCGGCAGGCUCAUCCCAAGGCUCUGGUCCAGCAGAUGCGACGGGCCCUCUUCUUGGGAGCCUCUGCCCUGCUUCUUCUCAUCUUAAACCACAAUGUGGUCCGAGAGCUGGACAUAUCCCAGCUUCUGCUCAGGCCAGUGAUUGUCCUCCAUUACUCCUCCAAUGUCACCAAGCUGUUGGAGGCACUGCUGCAGAGGACCCAGGCUAUCGCUGAGAUCACCAGUGGAGAGUCCCUGUCAGCCAACAUUGAGUGGAAGCUGACAUUGUGGACCACCUGUGGCCUCUCCAAGGAUGUCUAUGGGGGCUGGCAGGACUUGGUGUGCCUAGGAGGCAGUCAAGCCCAGGAGCAGAAGCCCCUGCAGCAGCUAUGGAAUGCCAUCUUGCUGGUGGCCAUGCUCUUGUGCACAGGCCUUGUGGUUCAGGCCCAGCGGCAGGCAACGCGGCAGAGCCAGCAGGAGCCUGGAAGCCAGGGGGACUUGUUCAAACGCCGUGUGGUUCGGAGACUAGCUUCCCUCAAGACCAAGCGCUGCCGGCUGAGCAGGGCAGUGCACAGCCUCCCAGAGCCUGACACUGAGACUUGUGCUAUUUGUCUGGACUACUACUAUAAUAAGCAGUGGCUCCGGGUGCUGCCCUGUAAACAUGAAUUCCACCGAGACUGUGUGGACCCCUGGCUGAUGCUACAACAGACCUGCCCACUGUGCAAGUUCAACGUCCUAGGGAACCACUAUUCAGAUGAUUAACUGCCCUGGUGUAGAUUCUGCACAUGGGGAUGGACCCCUCCCAGCCUGUACACCAGAGAGGAGUGGAAUGGGCAGGCCAGCCAGCCCUGUGGGCCAAGGAAGGGCCCUACCAUAUCUAGGAGGGACUCAUAGCCCCAGGCUGAAGAUGCAGAGCCAGGACCCACCAGGCAAGGAGGUCAUUAGGGCCCCUUCUCUGCAACUCUGGGACAUCUGUGUCUGUUGUCAGGCAGCUCCCAGAACUCUGGGGAAAGAGAAUGUGGCCAAUACAUCUGCCCUCAGUGUUUUGGAGCUAUAAUGGCUGAAUUUUAUGCUAUUUAUUGGGAUGGAAGAAAAAAGAUAUAUGGUCCAGCUGGCUUGACCAUCUUUCAAGCUACAGCUUGGUCAGGUCAAGGCUAUGAGGUUAAACUGAGCCUCCUCCACUGCCUGCUUCCCUUAUCUUAGGCACAGAAGCUAUAGGCCCUGCUACCUGUCCAGCUGGGCACCUUUUCCUAGUCUGGCUGGGAUCAGAGGCCUUAGAAACCAUCUAGUGCUAUACUUCUUGGUUGGGCUACGUGUUACUACGUGUUACUAACCAGGAUACUUGAAGCCACAGAAUAUAUGUGGUACAUCUCCCAAGGGCAUCCAUUAAAAAAAAAAAAGGUUGGAGUAGGGAAGUUUUAAUAAAAUAAACAUGGAAUAUAUUUUAACAUAA